AUGUUUUCAUUGUCACGAAAUGGGUUGUCAACAAUCAUGUACUCGGUAAAAGCUAUUGGAAUUAGAAAUACACCAAAUCUUAUUUUAAGGUCACGAUUUUCCUCUGCUUCCUAUGUUAAGUUACAUCAACACAAAAACGGAACUGAAAACGAUAAAGAGCAAACAAUAGUACCCGAAAAUAUUAGCACCAAUAACAUAACAAAUAAAGGUAAGCAUCCAGUAGGACAUCGUCUUGCACGUUUACGAAAACAAAAUGUCAAGGAAUUUUCGGAAUUUUUGGUGGAUACCUUUGGGCGGCAUCAUGAUUAUUUGAGAAUAUCGAUCACUGAGAAAUGUAACUUGAGAUGUAGGUAUUGUAUGCCUGAAGAAGGUGUUAAACUUACACCGGAUGAAAAGCUACUUACCACCGAUGAGAUUGUUCGGAUUGCCAGGAUAUUUGCCUCGGAAGGUGUGCACAAGAUUCGAUUGACUGGAGGUGAACCAACUGUUAGAAAAGAUGUCGUUGAGCUUGUGAAAAGAUUGCAUGAAAUACCAGGAAUAGAUGAAAUAUGCAUGACGUCGAAUGGUUUGGCACUUCACAGAAAGCUUCAAGCUUUGUUUGAAAAUGGGUUAACCUCAUUGAACCUUAGCAUGGAUACAAUGAUCAACGGCAAAUUCAUUCUAAUUACCCGUCGAAAUGGUCUUUCUGCAGUUAUGAAGUCAUUACGUAAGGCACUUUCCUUUGGCACUUUAAAGGUGAAGAUUAAUACAGUAGUGAUGCGGAAUAUAAACGAUGAUGAAAUCCUAAACUUUGUGGAGCUUACAAAGGACCAUCCGAUCGAUGUUAGAUUUAUAGAAUACAUGCCAUUCGACGGAAACAAGUGGUCCAAGAACAAGAUGGUUGCUUACAAGGAGAUUCUCGAAAUUAUUAAUGCAAAGUAUCCUGAUCUUACUAGGUUGCAACCCCAGCAUGGUGACACUGCAAAGAUGUACCAAGUUCCCUCUUUUAAAGGCCGUGUUGGCUUUAUCACCUCUAUGACUUCAGAUUUUUGUGCGACAUGCACAAGACUCCGAAUCACCAAUGAUGGUAACUUGAAGGUGUGCUUAUUUGGAAACGAGGAGGUCUCUUUGAGAGAUGUUCUUCGGAAAGGAGCCUCUGACAAGGAGGUGUUGGAGGUAAUUGGAAAGGCAGUGAAGAAGAAGAAGGCAAAACAUGGAGGUCUAACUGUAGCCGAGCUUAAAGACCGGCCUAAUAGACCGAUGAUUCUUAUAGGUGGUUGA